UGAGCGUGCACACCCGCCGCGAGGCUGCUAUUCCCAAGUGCCCGCUUAGCCAGCUCGCUUGGGACGAGCUGUGAGCGGGUGGCGGCAGCCUGUUGAUCCCAUUUCCUCCGGCUCUGGUCCGGGUUAGGGAGUGGCUCUCCCAGGACCUCCAAUGUUUUCGUGCUCGGGCACUGGUGUUCACAUGGUUUCAGUGCAUUGUUUGCUUCCAGGCAGUCUCGGUUAGCGCUUCAGUUUAGGCAUUUAUUUUGCAUUCUGUGGUCUUGGGCUGCGUGUACUCUCUUGUUUCUGCGCUCUCUCCACGCCCUUCCCAGUUUCCUGUUAGCCAAAGGGAUCGCUCUUUCUGAACGAAAAGUUCUCAGAGCGGAGUGGAACCUCCCGGAAAAUGCUCUUCUCUUCCGUGUGCGCCGGAUGGAGGUGGGGGUGGGCCAGGAACUAAACACCGCGGUCGGGAGAGCUGAAAGGACCCGAACCCCGAGGCAGAGGCGGGAGAGGAGUCGGAGAGGAUGGCCGGGGCCGGCGGCCAGCACCACCCUCCGGGCGCCGCGGGAGGAGCGGCCGCCGCGGCCGGCGCCGCGGUCACUCCCGGCGCUGCCUCGGCGGGGCCCGGAGACGAUUCCUCUGACAGCGAAGCGGAGCAAGAGGGACCCCAGAAACUGAUCCGCAAAGUGUCCACCUCGGGGCAGAUCCGGACCAAGACCAGUAUUAAAGAGGGACAACUAUUGAAGCAAACCAGUUCCUUCCAAAGAUGGAAAAAGCGUUACUUCAAACUUCGAGGCCGUACACUUUAUUAUGCAAAGGACUCGAAGUCUCUGAUAUUCGACGAAGUUGACCUCUCAGAUGCCAGUGUAGCCGAAGCAAGCACAAAAAAUGCAAACAACAGUUUCACGAUAAUCACUCCAUUCAGAAGACUGAUGCUGUGCGCUGAGAACAGGAAGGAGAUGGAGGAUUGGAUGAGCUCACUGAAGUCUGUACAGACCAGAGAACCUUACGAGGUGGCCCAAUUUAACGUGGAACAUUUCUCAGGGAUGCAUAACUGGUACGCCUGCUCCCAUGCACGACCCACUUUCUGUAACGUGUGCAGAGAGAGUCUUUCUGGAGUCACCUCCCAUGGCCUGUCCUGCGAAGUGUGUAAAUUCAAGGCUCACAAAAGAUGUGCAGUGAGGGCAACAAAUAAUUGCAAAUGGACGACUCUGGCCUCCAUCGGGAAGGACAUCAUAGAGGAUGAAGAUGGACUAGCUAUGCCACACCAGUGGCUCGAGGGUAACCUGCCCGUCAGUGCCAAAUGCGCCGUAUGUGACAAAACCUGUGGGAGUGUCCUGCGUCUACAAGAUUGGAAAUGCCUUUGGUGUAGAACGAUGGUACACACUGCCUGCAAAGAUUUAUACCAUCCUGUGUGUCCCCUUGGCCAAUGUAAAGUGUCCAUCAUACCUCCAAUUGCACUGAAUAGCACUGAUUCUGAUGGUUUCUGUAGAGCGACAUUUUCAUUCUGUGUUAGUCCUCUGUUGGUUUUUGUCAAUUCUAAGAGUGGAGAUAAUCAGGGAGUAAAGUUCCUUCGUCGAUUUAAACAGUUGCUAAAUCCGGCUCAGGUGUUUGAUUUAAUGAACGGAGGUCCUCAUUUAGGUUUAAGAUUAUUCCAAAAGUUCGACAACUUCCGAAUUCUUGUUUGUGGAGGAGAUGGAAGUGUGGGUUGGGUUUUGUCAGAAAUUGAUAAGCUCAACUUGAAUAAACAGUGUCAGCUGGGCGUAUUGCCUUUGGGUACAGGAAAUGACCUUGCCCGCGUUCUAGGCUGGGGCGGUUCCUAUGAUGAUGACACCCAACUUCCUCAGAUACUAGAGAAGCUGGAACGAGCCAGUACCAAAAUGCUAGACAGGUGGAGUAUAAUGACCUAUGAACUCAAAUUGCCACCAAAGGCUUCUCUACUUCCAGAACCUCCAGAAACAUCGGAAGAAUUUUAUAUGACAAUUUAUGAGGACUCUGUCGCAGCUCAUCUUACAAAAAUCCUCAAUUCUGAUGAACAUGCCGUGGUCAUAUCAUCUGCCAAGAUACUCUGUGAAACUGUAAAGGACUUUGUUGCCAAAGUAGAGAAGGCCUACGAAAAAACGUUGGAAAACGCCGUUGCAGCCGACGCCGUGGCCAGUAAAUGUUCGGUCCUAAAUGAAAAGCUUGAACAACUGCUUCAAGCUUUACACGCAGAUUCCCAGGCUGCCCCCCUUCUCCCAGGCAUCCACUCUCUCAUUGUAGAAGAAGAUACCGUGGAAUCUUCCAGUGAAGAAUCCUUGUGUGAAAGCAAAGAACAGCUCGUGGAUAACCCUGCAAAACCUCCCUCCCAGAAAGCUGUCAAACCAAAGGAAAUAAUGUUGCGGGCAAACAGUUUAAAGAAAGCGGUGAGACAAGUCAUUGAAGAAGCCGGCAAAGUUAUGGAUGACCAGAGUGUUCAUCCCUGUGAACCAGUUAACCAGUCAUUCGUUAAUGAUAGUACAGAAACAGAUGAAUCUAAAGAAGAAUCUAAAGACGAUGAUGCAAAAGAGUCAUUAACUGUUAAAACUGCACCUGCACCUCGGUCUCCAGAUGGCCGGGCAAGUCGUUCCCAAACUGACUCUGGCUCUGGUCCAGCUGUGGCAGCCAGCAAAGAAAACCUCCCUGUGCUCAACACCAGAAUAAUCUGCCCAGGUUUAAGAGCAGGACUAGCUGCCUCAAUUGCUGGGAGUUCUAUAAUCAACAAAAUGUUACUAGCAAAUAUUGAUCCUUUUGGUGCAACGCCAUUUAUUGACCCAGAUCCAGAUUCAGUAGAUGGAUAUUCAGAAAAAUGUGUCAUGAACAAUUACUUUGGGAUUGGAUUAGAUGCAAAAAUUUCAUUAGAAUUUAAUAAUAAGAGAGAGGAGCACCCUGAAAAAUGCAGGAGCCGAACUAAAAACUUGAUGUGGUAUGGAGUCCUUGGAACCCGGGAGUUAUUACAGAGAUCGUAUAAGAAUUUAGAACAGAGGGUUCAACUUGAGUGUGAUGGGCAGUAUAUUCCUCUCCCCAGUCUGCAAGGAAUAGCAGUGUUGAACAUUCCCAGCUAUGCGGGAGGCACUAACUUUUGGGGUGGAACUAAAGAGGAUGAUAUAUUUGCUGCACCAUCAUUUGAUGACAAGAUCCUGGAAGUUGUUGCAAUCUUUGAUAGCAUGCAAAUGGCAGUUUCAAGGGUCAUUAAACUGCAGCACCAUCGAAUAGCCCAGUGCCGUACAGUAAAAAUCACUAUAUUUGGCGAUGAGGGAGUCCCAGUGCAGGUGGAUGGUGAAGCAUGGGUUCAGCCUCCAGGAAUUAUCAAAAUUGUGCACAAAAACAGAGCUCAGAUGCUAACAAGGGACAGGGCUUUUGAAAGCACUCUGAAAUCUUGGGAAGAUAAACAGAAGUGUGAUUCCGGUAAACCAGUUCUUCGAACCCAUUUGUACAUCCAGCAUGCCGUUGACUUGGCAACAGAAGAGGUGUCCCAAAUGCAGUUAUGCUCCCAGGCUGCAGAGGAGCUCAUUACUAGGAUCUGUGAUGCAGCCACGAUCCAUUGUCUCUUGGAGCAAGAACUGGCCCAUGCUGUGAAUGCAUGCUCCCACGCACUGAAUAAAGCCAACCCACGCUUCCCAGAGAGUCUUACGAGAGACACUGCCACUGAAAUAGCCAUCAAUGUGAAGGCAUUAUAUAAUGAAACAGAAUCUUUACUAGUGGGCAGGGUUCCUUUGCAGUUAGAAUCCCCGCACGAGGAACGCGUGUCUCAUGCCUUACAUUCUGUGGAGGUGGAGCUGCAGAAGUUAACGGAGAUCCCUUGGCUUUAUUAUAUCUUACACCCAAACGAAGAUGCGGAGCCCCCCAUGGAUUGCACCAAGAGAAACAGCAGAAGCACAGUCUUUCGUAUCGUGCCAAAAUUUAAAAAGGAAAAGGUUCAGAAGCAGAAGACAAGUUCACAGCCUGUUCAAAAAUGGGGCACAGAGGAAGUUGCUGCUUGGCUGGAUCUGCUCAAUUUGGGAGAGUACAAAGAAAUCUUCAUCCGUCAUGACAUCAGAGGGGCUGAACUUUUGCAUCUGGAAAGGCGAGAUCUUAAGGACCUGGGGAUAACGAAAGUGGGUCAUAUGAAGCGAAUUCUCCAGGGAAUUAAAGAGCUUGGAAGGAGCACUCCCCAGUCUGAGGUGUAAUCAUAUUGGUGCUAUUCCUUGGAAAGGAAGUAAAUGCUACUUAAUGCAAAGCUCUUAGAAGCAAUUGUCUGUUUCUGUACUUUUCUGCGUAGAAAAGCAAGCACCAGGGAAGCACCUCUAUGGCUUGAUAUUUUGCUGUGGGUGAAAAUUUUCAUUUGAGGUAUUAGAAAAUAUUUUUGUGCCAAAUAAUACAUUCCACAAAGCCAUUUCCUUAUUGUGCAAACUUGACGUGUUCAAAUAUGCUCAUAUUAGUAAGAAGGUAGGAAGAAUCCGAGACAAUUGCAUUGUCUGAAAGGUGGAAAUGUUUACUUAUGUUUGACUUUCCUUAAACCUGGUCAGAUGGAAUGUUCUUACUACGUGACUGCAUAACAAUAUGUGGCUAAAACUUCUUAGGUUUCAUUACUGGAGGCAUUGGCUUCUUCCUUAAAGUCACUGGUUAGGAGACUAAGAUAUAAAUUAGGUUGUGUUUUGAAUGUUAGAUUGGGUGUCACCUCAGAUUCCUAGCAUUCAGUGGUCAUAGAAAAUGGUUGAAACCCCUCAAAUAUUAUGAAUGAAUGCAAAUCUUAAUGCACGACAUUCCUGCCUGAAUGGUCUUUCUUUUUCUUGCAUGUCACAUGUAAUCUCUUAAAACUUAGCUUUCAUGUCAGUUUUAAUGGAAUUUAAUUUAUUACUACCGAAGUAUCCUUUUGUUGGUUCAAGGCACUUUUCUGUUCUUUGAUGUGGGACUUUGGAUAGACGCUGUAUCUAAGAAUUUGUGACCAUAUGUCUGUGCCAUAAUCAACAAAUGAUACACAUUUUAUGCAAGUCAAUUUGAUGUCACUCUAUAUCAUCAACAGUAGACAUGAGCAUUAAGAAAAUCUCUGGAUAUUUUUAUAAAAUUACAUGUUCUGUUGCCGAACAAAACUUAUUAUAGCUUCCCAAACCAAAAUUCCCACAUUUUGUGGGGUUUUUUUGCUUUAGUUUAGUAUUUAUUUAAUACUCUGUUUGCAUUUAUAAUAUAGUGGGCUGUUGACAUCCAACUCAUCCUUGAGUUUCCCCAAGGUCUCAACUGGGAUUUGUAUAGUGAUUGGUCACCCAGACUUACCCACUGAGCUGGAGUGACUACUGACACAACUUCUCAACAAGAAAUUUAAAUUUUUAAAUUUUUUCUUAAGGGCUUUAUAUUAUUAAUAUUAUUAUUAUUAUUAUUAUCUCACUUAAUUCUUUUAUCAGGUAGAUAUUAUUUGCCUUUUUCUAAACCACUAUACUUCAGUGUAAGCUUAUUAGGAGUCAACAUUACAAUUACCAAAUCUUUGAAAGCCAAAGGCAUGUGUUAAAAAGUCACAAAAAUAUCCUUAAACAAUCUUUCUUUAGACAUUAUGUACCAAAAAUUAAUUAUAAUAUUUAAAAAUCUAUUUUAUAAGAGAAGAAAACAGGGUAUUGACCCAGUGAUGACAAUUUUCAUGAAGUAGCCUUCUAAGUAGGUGCUCAAUAGAUACACAUACACACACGUACACAUACACACUUGUGUGUGUCUAUACACAUACAUGUACAUUCACACUUACAUAUGCAUAAUCUUGAAAUACACUCUCAUUGAUAUUUUCUAGACAAUUAUUUGCCAAAUGCUUAAUGAGAAAUAUUAGUGGGAAAGCAUUUAAAAUGAACAUUGUCAGACAUAUAAUUUAAUUAUAGCAAAGGAGUUUAAAUAUUUGACACUUUAUUCUUAUUCAUAAAUUGGGUAUUUAACUACUAGGAAAAAAAAUCACAAAAUUUGGAUAUCUUAAAAAUAAAUGAGCCUGAUGAGUUCCUGACCAAAUGUGUCUGACUAUAUAUUUUACCUGUCUAAGUUGUGAAUAAAUAGAAAUUUUCCAAAGGGAAUUAUAUCAAGUAGUGUGAAAGAGUCAAAAGCUACUCACUUCAUAUUGGAAUGUUACCUACACUUAUGAAAUCAAAGGGCUUCUUUUCCAGUCCCUUUAUAGUCCCCACCUCCCCAUCCCCUGCAAGGGGUCCUGCUUUUCCAGGCAUUUCCCUAUAGAAUUAAAAAAGAGAUGCCAGCCUCUCUUUGGAACUCAGCUGUGAGAUCACAGAUCCCUGACCAGCUCGGCCAAAAAAAGAAAGGUAGGGGCAAAGAGGCAAGGAACUCUAGAGAAGAAUUAGCUAAUAUAAAAAUCUUUAUUGAUUUCCGUUCGCCCAAAAUACCCCUUUGCCACUAGAAAAGGUCUAAGCUAUUACAUGUUCAGAAUUUGAGAGUAAGAUGUAAAUGAUUAAAUUUUUUGUUUGAUGUUGGUCUUUUUACUCCUAGGUAAUAACUCUUAUCUAUGCUGUAAAACCUCCAUUAAUGGACUCUUUGGUUAACUAGCAUUUUCUUGCAGAUGGCUUUUGAAUGAGGGAAAUCCUUUAAAAUGACAAUUUUGCUCUCUUUUUUGUCGUUGUUAAAUAAGAGCAAUUUUUCCUAUAUGCUUUGUCUGUGCGUGGCUGGUGUGGACCCAGAUAACCUUACUCACAUCUGUUUGCCAAGAUGGUGUCCUCAGAGCCUCCUCAGGUGCCUGUCAGCGUCACAGAGGAGCAGCUUCUUAGAGUUGAUGGGGCCUCGAAUAAAAAGUAGGAAGAGCUGCUCUCUGGAAUCUGAUCACAGCUCAGGGGAGUGCAGGUGGGGCCUUUGUACCUUGAUCCAUUCCUGAACUGAGGUGAGAAGCUUAAACCUGCUCCGGAUUGCCAGCUUUAAUUGCACCGUCCUGCCGCUAGGCUUUCCCACACCUGGAUAAUUUGGGAGGGGUGAAGGGGAAUCAGAGCCCAGCCAACAUCCAUUCCCCUACAGUCUUAUUCUCCUGAGGAAGAAUUUGUUUUAUGUAUAUAUAUAUAUAUAUAUAUAUAUAUAUAUAUAUAUAUAUAUAUAUAUAUAUGUAUAUAUAUAUAUAUAUAUUUUUUAAGAAUUUUCUUUUAAAGAUUUUACUUAUUCAUUUGACAGAGAGAGACACAGCAAGAGAGGGAACACAAGCAGGGGGAGUGGGAGAGGGAGAAGCCGGCUUCCCGCUGAGCAGGGAGCCUGAUGCGGGACUCGAUCCCAGGACCCUGGGAUCACGACCUGAGCAGACGCUUAACCACUGAGCCACCCAGGCACUCCUAAGAUUUUAUUUUUAAGUAAUGUCCACACCUAACGUGGGGCUUGAACUCACAACCCCAAGACCAAGAGUCCCAUGCUCUGCUAACUGAGCCAGCCAGGUGCCCCAGAACUUGUGUUUCAAGGAGGAAGGGGACAGGGUCAGACCUAAGUAAAAUUUUAAAGUAUUCCAUUUUUCCCUUCAGUAUUAUCCCACCUCCCUUUGUGAGUUCCCUUCCGGCCUCCUGGCUUCCCAUCUCCCACAUGCCCAAUACCGUGAUGGUUGCUCAAAUCCUCACUGCCAUGUGUGACCCUAUCUCUGCAAAAGGACUCCUUUCACCUCUCCCUACUUAAGUGCCCAUUAUGGGUCAUCUAAGCAAAGUGUUAGGAAGAAAACAAUUUAAAGAAACUAAUUUUAGGGGCGCCUGGGUGGCUCAGUCGUUGGGCGUCUGCCUUCGGCUCGGGUCAUGGUCCCAGGGUCCUGGGAUCGCGUCCCACAUCGGGCUCCCUGCUCGGCGGGAAGCUGGCUUCUCCCUCUCCCUCUCCCCCUGCUUGUGUUCCCUCUCUCUCUGUGUCCCUCUCUGUCAAAUAAAUAAAUAAAUUUAAAAAAAAAACAAAACUAAUUUUACAGUUUGCAUUGUAUAAAAGGAAAUCUGCUAAUCUAAAUACAUUGGUGGGUUAGAUACUUUGGGGACUGUGAUAUAGAUUGCUCUGGCUGAGAAGAGAUGACCUGUGAAUGUCUAGACCCAUGCUGUCCAAUAUUGUAGGGACUAGCCACAUGUGGCUAUUUAAAUUUACAUUGAUUAAAUUAGAAAGUUUCUCAAGUGCACUAGCCACAUUUCAAGUGCUCAGUAACUAUAGCAGAUGGUACAGAUGUUGAACAUUUCCAUCAUUGCAAAAAUUCUACUGGACAGCACUGGUCUAGAUCCUCAAUACUCAAAUGUGGUCCAUGGACCAGCAGCAUCCAUGACAUCUGGGAGCUUAUAGAAAUGCAGAAUCUCAGGUCCACUCCAGACCUAUCAAAUCUCAAUCUUCCUUUUAAGCAAGAUUUGUCAGUGAUCAGCACUGGCCUAGCCACAUUUUAUCCCUCCCAGCUAUUAGGGAUUCAAGUUCUUCAAAAAGCCCUCAGAAUAGCUCAUUCCCCAACCCACUACUUCCUAGAAAUCCCAGAAAUGAGCUUUAACUCACUCACCAUCCUCACUGAGUUUUCUUCUCAAUGCUUAUUCCUGAUUCUGGAUCUAGAUAAACCCUGCCUACUCAGGGGUAUAUUUUGGUAGCUAAGAUAAAACAGGAAAUUGGCUGACCAACAUAGCUGGCCUUUCUCCAGCUCCCCACCUCACAUCUAAGUCACUAACAAUCCACAUUUGCUCAGUUUCUUGCUCACGUGGCAUUCUUAUUUGUUCACAACUUAAGUCACAGGGAACAUUUCAGAAGAAUAUGUACUGAGAUAAGUAAAGACCGGGUCAGUCUCCUACAACUUGUACAUUUCACUUUCUCUUAUCACUAGAUUAUCUUGUUGACAUAGUUCAAACUUGAGGAUACAAACAGCACACGCACGUGAAAUGAAUUGCUAGGCAUGGGGAAAAAAAGAAAGAAGCAAAUGACUCCAAGUAAACUGAAUGUGUCAUUAAAGCCCUCAAAGAAGGCAUGUUUUGCUGGACUUUGUUUUUCUUAUUAUGCCAACUUAUCUUGAUUUUUCAGAGACUUAAUAAUUGCUUAAAGUAGUGCCUGCAAAGUAUAUUUUUGAUCCUUAAAAUACAAAUUAUUUAAUUCUAUAAUAUGAUCUUUCCCAAUGAUUUAUUGUCAAUACUUAAUCAUUUUUACAUACUGAUAUCAUUUACCAAGACAUUACUGCCUAGAGAUUCUUUAGCUAAUUUUAAGGAAUAAAGAGGGCACUAUUUUAGUCCUAAGAGAAGUUAUUUUUAACAGGAUUUGAGAAAGAAAAUAUUUAUGCAAAGCUAUGACUUAGAAAAUUACAGUGGAAACCUCUAUACACAUCAUUUCUGAAGUAAAUCAUCUAUUUAGUCCAACACAAUGGACUUUCAUGUUAUACAGAUGCGAAUUCUUCAAGGAUAUAGUUUUUCACUAAGCUCCAUAAACACUACAUCUCUCAGCCUGACGUUUAGGAUCUCUCCUGCCCUCUCCCCACAGAAUGAACUCAUCCUGCAUUUUUCAGAUGCAAGUUGGGUAAAACAAUGGGUUCAGAGUAUGAUAAUAAUACAAGUGGCAGUUUUAAAACACCAAGUUUUUAAAAUCAGUUGGAAAGAGUGAACAGUGAAGAUUCUUCAAAUACUAACUAUUGGUCAAUGGAAUAACCUCCCUGGCGGUUCUCAUGGUGCUUGGCAGCCAUGUGUCUCCCUCUCUGGCUUGCCCUUGCCGAGAGCCAUGGGGCCUGGGACUUGUUUGUCUCUGCUAGGCAUCUCCCCUUGACUUUUGUAUAGUGAUCUCUGUGUCAGAUGGUAAUAUGAUGCCUUUGCAGUAGGAUGCUUUCCUAAAGAAACAACCAAAACUUUAAAAAGGCAAUGAUUAUUAGUUUUUUAAUACCCAAAGCAUUCUUUACCUUUAUUAUUGCUUCUUUUUAUUAAUGUCUCCAAAUUUCAUUUAGAGACAUGUCUGUUAGCAGAAAAAACUAUAAAGGUUUAUCAUUACAGAGAACAGAGAGAUAAAAGACAGCUGGACUGUACCUAUUUGUAUACUUCUUUCCGUUAUUUUCAGGAAAAUAAGUUUAACAGUAACUGAAACUGCACUAAACUCAGUAACAAUGUUUAAGAUAAAAACCCAUAUUACUACUGUAGAUGAACAUACUGAUUCCCCUUAUAUAACUAAGAUAUUCUAUUUACACAUAUUUAUAUCUUCUCUCGUAAUUUUUGAUGCACAUCCAAGCUUAAGUUGGAAAAACAGAAACCAAGCCACUACUUAAAAGCUAGAAAAGUUCACAUAAAACAUUUCAUUUUAGCUACAAGUUAUUCAUUGCGUAGGACUUUAUAAAUAGUCUGGGUAUUUCAUAGGAACUGCAUUUCAAGAGUAAAUUUACCAUACCUAAAAGAACAUAGGGAUACUUUUAAAAUGCAUUAAGAUAAGUUCCAUAUUCAGUUGAUGAUGCCAGUGAAGUAGGAUAACGCAGUUAGAUAAACAAGCUGAAAAGAAAAAAGAAUAUAUUUUGUGGUCCUUACUGUUUGCACUAUUGUUUACCACAGCUUAGCCAUAUCUAUUUGUAUAUUCUAAGUAUUAAGCUGAUAUGUAGCUAAAGAUUUCUUACAGUUCUGGUAACUGGUAACUAGUGCUGUGAAAGAUUUUGGUAUUGUAACCGUCCCAGUUUUGUGAGUUAUAUAUUGUAUAUUGAAGAUGACUAAUAAAUUGGAGUAAUAUAUUUAUCUAGAGCUGGGGAAAUAUGAUAAUUAUUUUCAGAUCUUCAAGUAAGUUGUAUGGAAUUUGUUUCUUCCUCUCAAGUGAGAUAAAAGUCUCACUUUUAUGUUAAAAUGUCUAUUUAUACAACAGGUUUCUCCUUUUACUGGUUUUAUUAAUUUUCAUAUUAAAAUUUUUCUUAUCUUUUGAUACCAAAAUAAUUAUCAUGCUGGUUAUUCAAACUGCCAAGAUGUAUUUUAGUUUGCAGGAAUUUUGGCAGACAAAAUAUUUAAUAACAAACCAGCUUUGUAUAUUUUGUGGCUUUGGGGGCAAGAAUUUUACCUUUGAAUCUCUAUGUGAGGCAGUGCUGAUAUUAACAAAGUCAGUGAUAAGACAGUAUUACUUGUGAUCAUCAGUAGAAGGUUUUCUCAAGUUGUAUAAAUCAGUGCAUUUAUUUAUUAUGUUGUGAAAUUUAAUCUUUAUACAAAAUGCAUAUUCUAGCUCUUUUUACUGCUGUUGCUUAGAGUGUAAUAGGUCUGUUAAUGAUUUACUUACGUACUUGAAGUACUCAUUUCUGUCAAACAGAUGCCCAAUUUUUUCCUUGUUAAAAAAAAUGGUAUCUUUUUUACCAUCAUUGAUAACUAAAUAGUAAUAGGGAUUUGUUAAAAAAUAACUUGCAUAUUUAAAAUAAAUAUGGAAAAAGGCAUAAAGCCAAAAUGAAAUCACCAAUAUUAAGAAUUUAAUGUAACCAAGGGAUUCACUGUGCUGUAUUUUCUCAAUAUAUAUUUUAUCUUCAAGUCAGAACUUCUUUUCUAUGAUAAACUUUGUUUUUCUUGUAAAAGAGAUCUCAGCAAUUGUAUGCCAUUGUAUAACACUCAACUGACCACUGAGAUUCUUGAACCCAAAAAAUAUCACCGACUUCUAGGGGCCAGCUUUAGAUUCCAGGGUGUGUAUUUUUAACGCAUAUUUGACUGGCCUACUUUACAAAUAGUAACCUUGAUGGAUAAUGCUUUAUUUGUUUCUGUCAAUUAAGUCAGUGGGAUUUUAAUCGAGUUUUGAGUUACUUUUGUUUAAAAAAGUAUUCUUUGUUCAACUCUUAAAAAAAAAAAAUAGAAAUUUGAAACAUAAUGGCAUGACCUACCACAGAGAAUAGAAUUACAUGUUUUUGAGGAAGAAAAAAAAAUGUCCUGACUUAAUGUGAGGCAAUGUUGUACACCAAAGAACCCAAUUUAAUAAGCCCUAAAUUCAACCAUCUUAUUGUUUUACAGUGUGAACAAUAGGUGAAUUGUGAACUGUUUAAGAACUAUAGUAGGAGAUUAAGAAUUAAUUUACUAUAACUUUAAAGAGAGUUUUGUGUUAAUUUUACUGUUGCACAAGCAAUUAUUGAAGGCAAGAAAAAUAUAUGAUAAACAUUAUUUUGAAAUAUGGAAACAUUAUAAAGAAAAGGGAGCUCAAGCUGGUAAUUUGGCAAAGAUUUAGAAAUGAAUAGUAUGAACAUAGAUAUCUUCCACCUUAUAUUAUAGAAACGCCAAACAUGUGUGAGAUGGAUGGUAGGCACAAUACCACAAAAACCAAGAAAGUCACACUGGUCAAGUCUGAGACUGGAUCCAUGUGGUAUCAAAAUAGCCAAUGAAUUCAGGGAGCUCAUUCUACCGUUGCAGUUUAGAAGUCAGUGAAGCAGGUAGUUUGGAUAACCUCAUCGUUUGUGUUUAUCACAUGACGAAAAUGUCUGUGCUUUGUCAACUUCGUGAUUGACAGAGGAAGACCGAGUCAGGAUUUAGCUAGUUCCUGUAGAAGAAUAUUUGUAAAUGUGGAUCGGACGGUACCAUGCAGACUGAAGAGAUUCUCAUGAACUUGCUAAGCCUUGAGAUUUGUUAGCAGUGAUAGAUUUUCCUUUCGUUUGAAACAAUGAAAGAUUGUCAAAAUUUACAAUAUCGUAAAUAGCUGAAUUACAUGAUUCUGGAGUUGGAAAUAUGGUUUAGAUUUAUUUGUUUCUGUAACUGACUCUGGCACUGGCUCACUAUGUCUUUUCUACAAACUGUGCAUGUGUUGGUGUUUCAACUAUCCCGAUUAGAAAUGGCACACAAUAUUAUCAAUUCUAAGGACUUGGUAAUUUCUCUUUUACAGCAGAAAUUAUGUAAGUGUGAAUCAUACUUAAAUUUACCAAUUCUUUCCCGCUGUCGUUUGAUAGACAAAGAAAGACUUCCAAAAUUAUAGUACGAAAACUGAAAGUCCAAACUAAUAUCCCUGAUGUUCAGUUUGAAAGGAGAGUGAGGUUACAUUAAUACUCUCUGCACCAGAGUAGGUUAUGGGAAUUUUCAUCUGUGUACUACAGGUUCAUAUUAUUCAUUCACUCCCACUUCUAAAAUCUUCAGAAAUUUAGAGUAAUUUUGUUUUUUCUACACUCACCCCAACCAACCAUUUUAUAGUAGCAUAUAGAUACAUUUUUUUUUAAAUUCAGAUCUUCAUGUCUUUUCUUAGAUAAACACCCCAAAGAGGAAAAUGUCUCCUUAAAUCAGUGGUUACAAAAAUGAAUAUGGGACUUUCUUAACUUGUUUUAUCCUGUGAUGUCACUUCCCUAUACUAAGUGAAUUCUGAAUGUUUCCCCUGCUGUUUAAUCUGAAGCUGGAUCUCUAGCUUACAUUCUCUGGCUGUGGAAUGGUGCUCCCUCAUGCAAAGUACCUUCGCAACUUCCUGUAAAGAAACAAGAGGUUGUUUUCAUUGUUACCACAAUGGAAAUCUGAGUACAGUUAAAGGGGAAAAAUUAGAAUAGCCUUGUUAAAAUCAUUAAAUAUAGGUGAGGGUAAGUGAAUACUGACUUUUAUUUUUACCUGACAUUUGAAUUCAGUCGCUGACUGAUACUUAAAAAUUUUAUUCCUAAACCUGGUAUUUAUUAUGGCAUACUAUGAUAACUUGGAGCUCCUGUUACAUCCCCUCCCCCUAAAAAUGUUGAAAUGAUGAGAGAGUGUAAGCUGCAGGAUAGAGGGAAAAGCCCGAAUCAGAACUCGUCUGCAUGGGAUUUUGAUGUGUCUUAAUGAUACAACCUAGUUUUCAAGAAGACAGGUCUCUAAAUGGUGGUUCCAGAAUGAUUUGGUACAGUGCCAGGAAGAAAUUAUUUUUCUGGGUAUUUACUUUUCAUGAUGACCUGACAUACAAAUGACCCUAGUAUAAUUCAAGUAGUUAUAACUUUUAUUGGAACCUACGGGGUUUACAAAUCUCAGUUGGGUAUCAGCUUUUUAGUAUACAUGAUGAUGAGGAUGGAAGAAUUUUAAACUUGAGCAGCUCUUUUGUUUCCUCACCUCCUUUUACUUGGAAAAGCUAUCAGAAAGCUUUUGAGAGAUGACACAGUUUUCAUAGCACAUGAUGUGAUUAUGUGCCUCUGCCAAACUCAUAAACUAAAAUAUGGAACAAAACCAUUGCUUAACCCCAAUCUUGGUUUUGGAUUGUAUAAGCAAAAGCAUUUUUUUUUUUUAAGAUUUUAUUUAUUUAUUUGAGAGAAAGAGAAUGAGAGACAGAGAGCAUGAGAGGGAGGAGGGUCAGAGGGAGAAGCAGACUCCCUGCUGAGCAGGGAGCCCGAUGCGGGACUCGAUCCUGGGACUCGAUCCUGGGACUCGAGGAUCAUGACCUGAGCUGAAGGCAGUCGCUUAACCAACUGAGCCACCCAGGCGCCCCGCAAAAGCAUUUUUUUAUAUUAAAGUUUUCUCAGUGUUUAUGCAGUUGCGUACUUCAUUUUUUGUCCAUCUCAAAAGUUGAAUUGGCAUUUUAUGUUCUAUUUCUAAUUGUAAGUAAACCAAUGGUCCCCUUGCCUUAGUCAGCCCUCUAUCAGUACAGCCCUUCGUGAUCUUUCUCUCCUGUGCUUUUGCCACAGUUUUUCUGCAACCAGUUUUCCUGCAAACAUUCCCUCCUACCUCUAGUUCAUCUUCCACGAGGUCGACGGAGUGGUCUUUCUAAAACACACGUUUGCGUUGUCAUUCCUUUGCUAAAAAUCCUUACAUAGGUUCUCCUUUUUGUGGAGCAACCUAACUCCUUAGCGUGACAGAUGAGGGGCUUACUGGCUUGGCCUCAUCCCCCCCUUUUUAGCAUGCUCAGCCGCCAUUUCCUCUAGAGACCUUUUGUAAUUCAGGAAUUUGGAGCUAGUCCCAAUUCAUUGCCUUGGCAUAAUCACUUGCCAGAGAUCUACGCUUUCAAAACUCAGUUCAGAUUUAACUUUCUGUGAAGCUCUACCUGACUUUCCCAGCCAGAGUUUAGUAUUCCGUCCAUGCUCCAUAGCAUCUUGAAACUUUCUCUGUUAAAAUAACAUCGUAUUUCAAUAAUAUAUAUAUGUCUGCCUUUUCCCCCCACCCUCUGAAUUUCUCUAUCUUUGUAGUCUCAGUGUGGGGUUAGCACAUAAUAGGACUUCAAUAAAUGUUUUUGAAGGACUGAAGGUAAUAGACCACCCGAACUUCUUUAUAUUUUUAUACCUUCACAAAUGCAAGCUUAGACUCCUGUGAGUCACACGAGGGGUGUGUGUCUUCAUGAGCAGGUAAGCACGCAUGCACUCUGGGCAAGCCACCAGAGGAUGAACAUCAAGGGAGAGAGAUUGUUUGGAAAAGGAUAGUCAUUUGUUAGCUUUAAAUCGGAAAUAUUUACCAAAUCUGAAUUCUUGUUUCUUAAAAAUGAGGCUUACAAAAUUUUCACAUGUCAAAUUCUUGUUUAUAAUUCACAAAUAUGCCCUAAAGAUUACCUUUCUCCUUUGAAGACACAUUCAGUGUAUACAAUUAUUUAAAACACAUACAUUGAUCACCUACACAAAAUAAGAUUUAAGAAAGACUCAAAACCAAUAGUGAAGGUGAAAUUUUCUCAAAAGUAAUAGCCAGAGAUAUAGACUGAAUUUGUGUGAUUUCAGGUCAUUUGUAGCUAAUGAUUAUUUCAUGUUUUAAAAAUGCAAAUGUAAGACAGCUUUUCUCUACUGUUAUCACCCCUUAUAGAACAUAAAGACUAAAAUCUAAUACCUAACAGUUUGUUUUUCUUUUAUGAGUCUAUAAAACCUUCCUACCAUGUUCCCAAAUCAUGAUAAAGGUCAACACAAAAAGUUCUUCAUAGUUAAUAAUUUCUAAAAUUAAAUAGUAAUAAAAAAUGCAUGUCACUAAAUUAAAUGCCCUCUUCCUUUUCUCACUUGAGAGACCUUUUUCUACCUGCUUUAUACUUGACAAUUAGAUGCUGGGAAUACAAUAAAAUAGUUUGUCUUCAGAAUUAUUUUCUACAGCUUAAGAAAUUAGGUGGACAGGUUUUAAACCAAAUAUUUCUCAGGUGAUUUCAGAGCAGUCUUGUUCCACCCCCAAAAUUAAUCAAAUUCUAGGUCAUAAAGAAUUAUUCCCAUUUUUAUGUCCAGUUUUUAUACAACCACAAAUAAUGUUUGACCAUCACUUGUUGAGUACAUCUUUCAUCAAUCUGUAGAACCCCAUUUCCACAACCAUAUGUGCUAUGUGUGGUCCAAGAGACUAAUAGAUUUGUCAAACAAGGGUUACAUUUCAAGUCCAUUUUAGGAAGGCAUAUAUCCCUAUUAAUGCCACAUACAGCAAAACAUAUGAAGUAUGCAUUUUAAACCCACAGCAGAGGGAAAAAAUUAUAAAGUUAUGCUUUCUGAUAUACUUCAGAGACUCCGUUUGAAGUUAUGGGUUGGUAUUUCCUCCUCGAUUAUUUUUCAUGGGGAGUAGGGAGUAAUAAUAUUUAAUGGUAGCACACUUAUCUGAGCAUAUAGUAAAUAUACUACUAGUAUUUGUAUGCCCCGGUGCACUGAUAUAGAUGAAAGAAAACAAAAACAUUUGAGUUAUAAAGAAAUUAACUGCUCUGAAUAUUUAUUGAUGGUUAGGCAAUAGGGUGCCCUUACGGGAAGGAAAAAAUUAUCUUUAUUGUCAGUAAGUAUGGAAAAAAAACCUUACUUGUAUGUAUAUUUACAUUUUGAUAGGUCUAUUUUGAAGUCAUUCUUGCCCAUCAGUAUAAAGUAUCAACCAUUUAUUUGUUCUCUAGCAAAAGGAAAUUCUUAUUUUGAUACAACUUUACUCUUUGUUCCCCAUAUUGUAAAAGGUCCACAAAAGAAAGAGGCUCAGAAGACUGGGCACUUAUCUCACCUUUCAAUGAAGAUAAUUAAUAAUUAUUUGCCUCCCUACUUACAUCAUGUUGAAAACCUCACAUAAUAGCUCCUUUUGUCCCUUACAUUUCAAGAUAGUUUUAACCUAGCCUUUUGCCAUAUUAUUUAUAGUUAAGAAUUUACUACAUUUUGGUAGUCUGUUUUGAAACUUUUACUUGUAUCGGAAAGAUGCAGAUCAUGUCUAUUUAUUACACAAUGGGCUCUGUUUGCUGCAGAAAAGAGUGAAACUUUUAACUGCUUAGCACACUUGCCAGUGAAAUAUACCUGACAGAGCAGAGGUUAUAACUUUGGCUCUAAUUACUUUUAAUAAUGGUAAGAAAAUGUGUUUUGUUUGUUUACAUGCUGUUUACAAUGGCAUAAUUUUUUAAAUAUAUACAACUGAGAUAUUUAUUGCAUACUAUUUUAAAGAUGUUUUAUGUGUUUUCACCUUUGGAAUAUAUUGUUACAGUUACUUAUACAGAUAAUUUGGGUGGCUUUGUUAAUGUAGCUAGUAAUUUUUAUGACUACUAAGUGACCAGUUUUCCGUGCCUUUUAUUGUGGGAUGCAUGAUUAUGUAUUUAUUGUACGGAAGUCACUGAUGUGUGUAUUUUUGUACUUUGCUGAGAGUAAUGGUUGAUCUCGAUGUACAUGAUGAUGAGAGGUGCCUUUCCCAAAGGGCACUGCCUUGAGAUCGUCCUUCUCAAAUAAAAAGAAUGCAUUUGGAAAA